UCUCUCUCUCUCUCUCUCUCUCUCUCCGAUCGUCCAGCCAGCGCCUCGCCAUCCCGGGGCAGAGAUAUAUAAAUACACCAUCUUGAUCGGUGGGCAUGGGUGUCGUCUGAGCCACCUGCCGGGGGCCCGCGGGCGCCAUUGAUGAGAGCACGGUUGUUCGUGGCGGCCGGACGCGAUGUCCGUUGUGGCGGCGGCUGCGGCUGCGGCCGUGGGGCCCGGCGCCGGGGCGGCGGCGGCGUCCUACGGGCAGAUGUGCGGCGGCGGGGCGAGGAAGAGGAAGGACGUGGUCCUGGACCAGGAGGCGGAGGCGGAGGCGGAGGCGGAGGCGGAGGCGGAGGCGCGGGGUGACGGCGGCGGCGUCGCGGCGCACCGGCAGCCGCUCGCGGGGCUGUUCGUGCUGGAGACGGUGGAGGAGGCGGCUGAAGAGGAGAGGUCGUCCAUCGGCGCGGCGUCGGAGGACGAGGAGGAGGAGGAGGGGGAGGAGGCGGACAGCGGCGGCGGCGCAUCGGCGCCGGCGAGGAGGAAGGGCGGCGCGCUCGCGUGCAUGGACGCCCUCGACGACGCGCUCCCCGUCAAGAGGGGCCUGUCCAACUUCUUCUCCGGCAAGUCGCGGUCGUUCGCGAACCUGCAGGACGCGGCGUCCGCGGUGAGCAGCGCCCGGGACCUGGCCAAGCCGGAGAACCCGUUCAACAAGCGGCGGCGCGUGCUCCGGUGCUGCUCCAUCCGGCGGGUCGCGUCCACCUCGCUCACCGCGCUGCCGCCCUUCCUCCCGCCCACCGCCGCCGCCACCACCGGGAGCAAAGGCGCCGACGACGGCGCCGGCGGCAGUGGCUAGCUGAAGGACGGUACAAAUCGACGAGGAAGACCGAAGACAAGGCGGCCGGGCGAUCGAAAAUGCACGCAAUGGAUGGAUGGAUCGAUCCUUGGUCAUAGUUUAGGAUCCCGUCUCAUCGACCAUGGCGGUAUACAUACAUACAUACUUAAUUAGUGCUAGGUGUUAAUUAAAAUCUCUUCUUUGUUUUAGACACCAGCAAGCAAUCAACAAGCACUUGUUCAUCGUAGCUUAAAUUGCAUUGAUUUUCAGCUGACCUCCAGAUCCAAUAUAAUCCAAGAGAGCGUGAGCACCAGACGAGUGAUGGUGUUGCCUGGUGCUACCUGCUGUGAUCCCAUUGGAGAGAGAGAGAGAGGGGCUAACCUUUCUGAUAAACAAGUAUAUUGGCUCCCUUUUCCAUCCUAAUCUGUUCAUUGGUACUUUGGUAGUGAGUUUGCGUAGUCUAAUCCUAAAUACUCCCAUUUCUAGCAAGCAAUAGCUUUAGUAUGCAUACAAGAUCAGCCUAGCCUUUUUAUUUGUCGACUGAAAGAGCAAGAUUCGUUUCAAAAGAAAGAAAGAAAGAAAGA